GUCAUUAACCCGCGCCACCAGGAAGCUGAGGUUCACACAAAUCGUUCUUAUUGCCGGCAGUCCAGAGAACCCAUCAUGGCGACGCCCCCUAAACGACGUGCGGUGGAGGCCACGGGGGAGAAAGUGCUGCGCUACGAGGCCUUCAUCAGUGAUGUGCUACAGCGGGACUUGCGAAAGGUACUGGACCAUCGAGACCAGGUAUAUGAGCAGCUGGCCAAAUACCUUCAACUGAAAAAUGUCAUUGAGCGACUCCAGGAAGCUAAGCACUCGGAGUUAUAUAUGCAGGUGGAUUUGGGCUGUAACUUCUUCGUUGACACAGUGGUCCCAGAUACUUCACGCAUCUACGUGGCCCUGGGAUAUGGUUUUUUCCUGGAGUUGACAUUAGCAGAAGCCCUCAAGUUCAUUGAUCGUAAGAGCUCUCUCCUCACAGAGCUCAGCAACAGCCUCACCAAGGACUCCAUGAAUAUCAAAGCCCAUAUCCACAUGUUGCUAGAGGGGCUUAGAGAACUACAAGGCCUGCAGAAUUACCCAGAGAAGCCUCAACAUUGACUUCUUCACCCCCACACCCUCCAACAUUAAAAAGCCUGAAUGCCUUUGA